AUGCCGAGCAAGCAAUUAGUCUACAAUUGGUAUGUCGCCCUUGUGGCGGCUGGAUGCAUGAUUCUUAUGGGAUACGAUGCAUCUGUCUUCAAUUCUGUUCAAGUUUCGCCUAAUUGGAAGGCCCAUUUCAACACACCCAAUGCCCACAUGAUCGGACUCAUAAAUACCACCUACACUGUUGGGGGUAUUGUCACAGGCUGGUUCUUCUCUGGGCCUAUUGCAGACUAUUUCGGCCGCCGAUGGGGAAUGGGUAUUGGCUGCAUGAUCACAGUCGUAGCCACUUUCAUCCAAACUUUUACUCCGUGGCAUCAAAUUGGUGUUUUUAUUUUCGGUCGUAUCUUAAUAGGCGUAGGCCAAGCCGUAGCCAUCACUUCCGGUCCUAUUUAUAUCGGCGAAAUAACUGAGUCGCAUAUUCGCGGAAAGGUCAUGAGCUUCUGGCAGAUGUUCUACUCAGUGGGAUCUUUCAUCGCAUACUGGAUCAACUACGGUGCUGCCCAACGCCGUCAAACACUAGGGGACUGGGAUUGGAAGAUGGUGGUGAUUUUCCAGCUCAUGAUGCCUGUCAUAAUCAUUGCGCAACUGCCAUUCAUUCCUGAGUCCCCACGAUGGCUUAUCAGUCGCCGUAAAGAUGUUGAAGGCGCUCGGAAAGCCUUGGCAAGAGUUAGAUCAGAAACCGACAAGGUUGAGGAAGAGAUUAGGGCAAUUCGUGAGGCUAUCGAGUACGAAAAAGAAGCUCAGUCAGAAGGUUGGAAGGCUUACCUCGCUUUAUUCAAAGACCCCAGCAUUCGAAAGCGACUAUAUAUCACGUUCUUCAUCAAUGUUGGGCAGCAGUUGAGUGGGCAAGGCACGCUUAACAGCUAUUCAUCGACUAUUUACGCCAAAGUCUUCAAAGAUUCUAAUACCAUCAACCUUAUCAACGCCUUGAACGCCACAUUCGGAAUUUUGUUUACACUUAAUGCUGUAUGGACAGUGGAUAGAUAUGGCCGAAAGUUUCUUUUCUUGGUCGGUGCCUGCGGCAUGGCCAUGUGCACUAUGCUUAUUCCUGUUGUUGGCCUCACAACCCCGGGAACUCAGGAGAAGAGCCAGCCAGUCGGCAUUGCCAUUACCUUCCUUGCCUUUCUUUUUGCGUUCUUUUACAAGCCAACCUGGGGAGCAACUACAUGGACAUAUACAAGUGAAGUCUUUCCACUCAACGUCCGAGGUCCAGCUGUUGGCAUGAGUGUGCAAAUGCAGGGCGUGGCCAACACCAUAUUUCAGCAGUUUUUCCCCAUUUUCUAUCAGAACGAAGGAUUAAAGACAUUUUUCUUCUUCAUGACCACGAAUGUAUGUCUUGCAUGUGUCGUCUAUUUCAUCCUGCCGGAAACUAAGCAGGUUCCUCUUGAAGAAAUGGAUGCACUAUUUGGAGGAGUGAAUCACGUCGAGAAGGGUGCUGCAAUUUUUCAUGAGGCCGAUGCACAAAAUGAGACUGCUGCACAUGUUGUCAGCAGCGAGAACAACAAGGGACAAGAUAUCGAAAUGGUAGAGGGCAAUGAGAGGAGGGUUUAA